AUGAAGAUACUUUAUAUAUAUUUUCUGACUUUUCUCGUCACUGUAUCUUGUGGUCCAUCAGUUUCAGAAACAAAAAUGAGAAAAAUUGCAGAGAGAAAAAGAGAAUGUUACCUUGUUCGUGGUGCUUGCAAGACUUCAUGCAACGUCUGGGAAUAUGUAUAUAAUUACUGCAAUGUUGAACCCUGCUGCGUGGUACGGGAUUACCGAAUGCCAACCAAUGAAACUAAUAAAGACAAUUUAUAUGGCUGA